CUGCCGGGGACCAUGAACACUUUGAUGAACCCGUUGCCUGACAAUCUGUACCCCGAGGAGAUCCCCAACUCUCUGAACCUCUUCUCCGGCAGCAGCGAGUCGGUGGCUCAUUACAACCAGAUGGCUGCAGAACACACGGCGAGUUUGUAAAGCGCCUGGUGGCACUGGCCGGAUACGGGUCCUUGGAGUCCCCUGCUGGGGUGGCAAAGCCCCUGGACACCAGUAGAGAGACCAGGUCGCUCUUGGCAGCCUCAGCCUACCUGUAACUUCAGAUAAUGUUAUGGAUAUUGGAUUAGCGAACGAAAAGACCAGCCAGGAGCUGUCGUCCUAUUCGGGCAGUUUCCAGCCCGCCCCUGGCAACAAGACUGUGACCUACCUGGGGAAAUUCGCCUUCGAUUCCCCGUCCAACUGGUGUCAGGAUAACAUCAUCAGCCUCAUGAGCGCGGGGAUCCUGGGGGUGCCGCCUUCCUCCAGCGCCAUCACCAGCACCCAGAACUCCGCCGCCAGCAUGGUGCAGAACCAGGGCGAGGUGGACCAGAUGUACCCCGCGCUGCCCCCGUAUUCCACCUGCAGUGACCUCUACUCGGAGCCAGUCUCCUUCCACGACCCCCAAGGCAACCCCGGCCUCACCUAUUCCCCCCAGGAUUACCAAACCGCCAAGCCCGGCUUGGACAGUAACCUCUUCCCCAUGAUCCCAGACUAUAACCUCUAUCACCACCCCAACGACAUGGGCGCCCUUCCGGAGCACAAACCCUUCCAAAGCCUGGAUCCCAUCCGAGUCAACCCUCCCCCCAUCACCCCGCUGGAGACCAUCAAAGCCUUCAAGGACAAACAGAUCCACCCCAGCUUCGGCAGCCGCAGCGCCCCCCCCCCCCCCCACAUCUGCACCCACACGGGCGAGAAGCCCUUCGCCUGCGAGUUCUGCGGGCGCAAGUUUGCGCGCAGCGACGAGCGCAAGCGGCACGCCAAGAUCCACCUGAAGCAGAAGGAGAAGAAGGCCGAGAAGGGCUCCUCCGCCUCCUCCUCGCCGCCCGUGUCCUUGGCCCCGGUGGUCACCACCUGCGCGUGAAGCCCCCCGCCCCGACCCCCGGCCCUAGUGCCUCCCAAUGGCUGCCUUUAGCAAACGCGCACCGACGGGGACCCCUCGCCAAGAGACAGUGCGUGCGCCUCCCCUCCUGUCCCCGCUUCACCGCGGUGGGGACUUCGCUUUCCAUCGGAUCGUCUUGAUCCGAAUCGGCUGCGGGAAAGGGGGGACCCGACCCCACCCCGGAGCUGGGGGGGCCGGGCGAGGGGUUGCAGGGCUGUGGAAAGGCAUGCGGUGCCAGCGAGGGUGGUGGUGACGGCUGCGGGGGAAGCGCCCCCCUCUCCAAAUACGCGCACCCCAUUCCUCCCCCCCCCCUCCCCGCUGCUCAUUGGAGGUGGUGGAGGGGCACCAAAGCGCAGUGCUUGCUGCCCGUUGAGACUGUGCAUCCCUGUGUGUGUCUGUGACUCCGAGUUGAACUGGGCUGCUUCGAUCUCCAACCACCCCCAAAGGACUCUGGCGCAUGGAGAGAACCCAGCCGCCUCCUGGACGCAGGCGGGGACCUUGGGUAUCUUUGGCACGGGUGGCCUUCCAUCUGAUCUCAGUGUUUCUUACAGAAAUGCCUAGGAUGCUGCUGCUGCUUCUGGUCUCCCGGCCCCCCUCUUGGAGCCUCUGCCUUGAUGGUUUUCCUGGUCUCUUCACUACUGGUCUUCGAGGCACUUUCUCUGAUGUGCUGGAGAAGGGAUAUGGCUUUUGGGAUCAGCUCUUGGCUGCUCCAGAUUUAUCUUCAUGCGGUUUAUUAUUUAAACCGAUUUCCUUUGCGGGUUCAUCCCCUGUCUCCUUUCCUCCCACCUCUUCCACCCAUGCGUCCUCCCUUCUGGAAGGAAGAAAGGAAGAAAGAAAGAGGCAACCCCCCACCCCUUAAAUUUCACCAUUUCACUCCACUUGGUGUUUUAUUUCAUGUCACAUUUAGUAAGAAAAACCUUGGGAAGAGGGAGGAGAAACAUCUUUUCCCCCUUCCAUCUGGCUGAAAAGAGGUUGUUGCCAUUUCUGUUCUUGUUACCAUCUCGACAGCAGUUCUGAAUUAAAAUAUAAUAAUAAAAAUAUAUACAGUAUGUAUUUGUUAAUGUCACUAUUGGCUUUCUAGUACAGUACCGACCAUAUAUAAAGGUAUAUCAGUAUUUACAGCUUUAAUGUUUAAUUUUUGGAGAAGAGAAAAUAACUGUGAGGAGUAAAAUAGUCACUCCAAACUUUCCUCCAGAGGGAAGAUGGGGGAUUUGUAUUCAACUAAAAUCCUCUUUUAUCACACCCAAAUCCACCUCCCAGUUGUCCUCUGUAAGCAGCUCUGAAUGUACGGGCUCAAUUGAACCCUUAGAAAGAGGGAGCUAGUAGGGCUGCUUAGCAGCUUUCAUCAAAGAUCUGACUGAAUGUACUGUUGUUACCUAUUCAAUCUUUUCCCCCUAUGGCUAGUAUACUGUUCGGGUGGGGGAGGGCAGGGGCAGUAAUUAAGUUUACAGGAUGUCUGAUUUAAAGUCACUUUAUGCAUCUUUUCCCCCCUUUAUUAUAUUUUGUUCAAAGCACCAUUUUUCUGUGGUGGAUUUAAAAGGACUAGCUAUCUAGAUCUUUCAAAAGAAACUAAAAGGGGCGUGGGUUGUGAAUUUCCAGGUACUCCUAGCUUACUCUGGGUUGACAAUAUAAUGUUGGAGGGGGGGGAAGGGUAAGGCUGAUUUAACAUAUUUUCAGCAGAAGGGAAAUUCUUUACAGAAAUGCAGAAAACAGUAUUUUGCUGAAUACUUUUUAUAAUGUGAGAUAUUUUUAUUUUAUUUGGUCACUUAAAAACACAGGGAGGAGAAAUCAGUUAACCCUCAAUAUUAUUUUUUUUUCUUUCUCCUUCUGGUAUGUGCAUGUCACUGCAUGCCUGCUCUGAUUUUUUCUUCUUUUGUUUUAAUAAAACUGUGCUCAGACAUUUAAGCUAAACUAAGCAAAAAUAAUUAUUUAAAAAAUAUUUGUUGCCAAAAGGUUGUGCUAUUCAGGUUUGAUGUCUGCAUGUGAUCUUUUUUUCUAAUAAAAAAAACAAAAACAAAAUCAAAACAAAAACCAUACAAAAUAAAGGAGAAGAGGAAAAAAUGCAGUCUAAUUUAUGUGAACUGAAAGGAGCAAAAAAAAAAA